GAAAGCUGUGAGGAACCUCAGCUAGCGACCACUGAGGAGUCACCGAUGGAAACUGGCCCCGACACCGGCCAAACAGAGAGCUCAGCAACGAAACUGAGCGAGGAGGAGGUGAAGGAGAUUGAGGAGGAGGAUAACAUCACCCCACUCUCGGAGAAAUACCCAGAGCCCGGGAGGUAUUUGAAGCUAGGGGAGCCAAUCGGGCAGGACCCCAACGGAGUCGUCUACAUUGGAUGGCACCAAAGAAAACAACGGGAAGUGGCCAUAAUUAUAAUUCAACAUCAGAAGAAGCAACAGGAGAUCAAGAAAGAAGUCGAAAUCCUGCAAAUUGUAUCUGGCCACCGGAACAUCGUCGACUUCUAUGGGGCCUUUUAUCAUAAGGCCUCAUUGGAAACAUCACAGCAUGGAGGACUAUGGAUUGCUACAGAGCUUUGUACCGGUGCGACUGUAGAAGAUCUCCUUGCAUCCAAAAGGACCUUAGGCGAAAGAUGGAUCGCCUAUAUUUGCAAGAAUGUGAUAACGGGCCUUAACCAUCUGGAAGAGAAGAAGAUAAUCCAUCAUGACAUCAAGCCCGAACACAUUGUCAUCUCCUCAUCCGGAGAGGUGAAGAUCGGCGAGUUUUGCUUUGCGACCAUCGGAGGAAGGAGCGCCAGCACUUCGGGGACCAUGGCAUACAUGGCUCCGGAAGUACUGGCUCAUUUUGGCCAAAACAGCGGCGAAUAUGACCAUAAGGCUGACAUCUGGUCACUAGGGAUUGCAGCCAUUCAAAUGGCGGAAGGACAUCUCCCAUUCAGAAGACUUCCCAAGAAGAAGCUGAUCCAGCGAAUAACAACUGGUCCAGUUCCAUCAUUACCAUCAAGGGGCAAUUGGAGUGACGAGUUCCGCUUCUUCAUCAGCGAGUGCCUGCAGAGAGACCCAGGCAGGAGACCAUCUGCAAGGCAGCUCCUCACGCACCCUUUCAUUGCCGAGCUCCGGGGUGAAAGGGGGGUGCAGAGGAAUAUCGCCCAACACCUGCACAGAGGAACGAGGCACUGAAACGAAAACAACGAGGCAGCCAUCGGGGGAGGGUCGGGGGCAUAAAUAGGGGGCCUAAUUACCAUCCUUGGGCCCCCACAAACAUC